AUGAGUAGCGUGCCGCGAUCAUCGGAUCGCAAUGAAGAUGAGGCGAGCAGGAAACAGGGCAAGAAGCACAAGGGUCAUUCAACGACAGAUCCUCGCUCAUCGGAAGCAUCCAGCCAGUAUCAAGCGAUAUCAUACGCGGAUGGGUCGAGAGACCCCGUCUCUCCAGAAGCGCAUUCAUUCCAAGGGCAUUACGGACUGGAUCCUUACAGCAGUGCCAGGACUAUCCCAGAGGAAUCCUAUGGCUCGCCGCCCUCCUACACCUUUUCGCCAUCUGGAUAUUCCACAUAUGAGGUUCCACAAUGGCAGUAUGACACUCCUCAACAGACUGGGUCCUAUUAUGCCUAUGGCUAUGGUAGCACGACCUAUGAUAACCCAGCACCAUCCGGUGCAACAUAUUCCAAGAAGGGCACUACUCGAGAGCCAUCCAAGGAUUAUCCUAGUUCAGCUCUGACAGCAAUCUAUCCAGCGACCAACCAAUAUGUUACCACCACUCAACCGCAGUCUAUUGGCCAGGAGCAGACCUAUGAUCCACGGGAGAGAAAGGGCAAGGGUAAGGAUGCUUCAUCCUCUGGAAAUCUCUCAACCCAAAAUCCAGCAGUCAGCCCAGCCGGCACGCCAGUACCCUAUGGCAGACACGAUGACCAAACUCAGCUGUCAGACCAAUACGAUAGGAUGAGCUUGAGCCAUGCGGGAUCCCAUGGUCAACGUGAGGCCCUGUCUCAAGGGAGUCAAAUGCAAGGUCAUGCAUUCCAAACAAUCAAUUAUACCGUGCCAGGCUCGACCUCAACUGUCCAUCAGCCAGCCCAUGAUCCUGGUAGCCAACAACACCCGACUGUCCCAUUCUCAAUGCCCCCUGAUAUUGAAGUGAGCCUCCAAUAUAAAGGGGGCCAUAAAUGGCACGACACAAAAGGCAUGUGGGACACUGGGAAUACAUUCGCCUCAUUAGUCCUCCGAGACUUGAUCCUGGAUCUGGGUUAUCGGUCUGAUGACAUCGACUUCUCAAAGGGAUCCGAAUUCAAAGUCGUAGGAGGUGCUGCGGUGAAGACUUUUGGGGUAGUGAAAUUGCAUUGUUCAUUGAAUUCAGGCCCCAUGUCCGUUGAAUACUUCCAGGUUUUGGAUUUUGUUAUCGAGGGGUACGAUGUCAUCAUCUCACCGCCGGAAUCCCGCAAGUCCAGCUCGAAGAAAUCUACACCUGUUGUAGCUGCAUCGAUACAACCUCGGCGGAAUCUUACCAAAGAAGAACUCAAAGAGAUGAAGAAGAGUUUUGAGAGGGCUGAAAGGAAUAGGGAUGAAACUAAGGAAAGGUGGGAAAAGGAACACAAGCGAAAGAAAAGACCUGAUGAUAAGAAGAAAUCUGAGGACAAGAAGUCUGAGGGAAGGAAGAAGUCUGAGGACAGGAAGUCCUCGACCAAAUGA